AUGUUAUUAAUUGCGACUUUGUUAAUAACUCAUAACAUCACGCAGUCAUGUCUUAUUGACAUUAUAUCUAUAAUAAAUUUACAUUGUUUGAGUGACGGUCUUCAUAAAAAUAGUUUAUUUAAGUUCAAGAAGUUUUUUGCUUUGGGAAAUUAUAACAACACUAAUCAUAAGAAACAUUAUUAUUGUUCAAAUUGCCUAAAAGGCUUAACCUCUUCAAAUGAAGCUUGUCCAGAAUGCUUAAACAGCAAAACAGCACAUUUUAUAACCUUAUCAAUUUCCGAGCAACUGCAAGAAUUAUAUAACCGACCCGGAUUUUACCGACAAUUGCAAAACCGGUUCCGACAGCCACAUUUGAAUGGAACCUUUAUUAAUGAUGUCUAUGAUGGUUCUUUAUACAAAAAUAUUGAGAGGAACGGUUACUUAUCUAACGGAAAUAAUAUAUCAUUCAUGUGGUACACUGACGGUGUUCCGGUUUUUAAAUCGUCACAAAUAAGUAUUUGGCCUUUGUAUUUAACGAUCAACGAAUUACCUUUUAAAGAACGAGCCAAACGUCAUAACUUAUUGUUAGCUGGAUUGUGGUUUGGUGAUACUAAACCUGAUGCUAAUCUGUUUAUCGAUAAACUGCACUCACAAUUCACAAAACUUCUUGAAGGUGUGAAGUAUACUCUAUCUGAUGGACAGGAAAUAUUUGUUCAAGCAGCAUUGCUGUUUGGUACAUGCGAUAAUCCUGCCAAAACACAUUUUCUAAACUUUAAACAAUUCAAUGGUUUUUAUGGUUGCCCAGUUUGUUUAGAACCAGGAGAGAGUUAUCGUUGUUCAACUGGGGGAACGACGCACGUUUACAAAUUCACUCAAAAUCCAACUCUCCGAAUAACUGAGCAAUCUAUAGAGCAUGCAAAUAUUGCAUUAGAAAAUAACAGCGAACAAUUUGGAGUCAAAGGUCCAUGUGCUUUUACAAACAUAAUGCCGGAUUUUAUAGCAGGAACAGCAAUUGAUAAAAUGCAUUGCGUAGAUAAUGGUGUUGUAAAAAAACUCUUAUCUUUGUGGUUCGACAGUACUUAUAAUAGUUUUCGUUAUUCACUUUAUCCUGUAAUUCAAGUGAUCAAUGAUCGAUUAACUAGCAUAAAACCACCAAAAUUCGUCCACCGAUUGCCACGAACAAUACAAGAACUAACUCACUGGAAAGCUUCAGAGCUUAGAAUGUGGUUUUUUUAUUACUCGCUACCAGUCUUAUCUGAUGUGAUGCAAAAUGUUUUUUUUGAACAUUUUAUGCUAUUAGUUACAGGUAUUGCAUACCUUUCAUCUGAUAGUAUUACGCAUGAAAUGAUAGAUGAAGCACAAAGGUUAUUAAAUAAAUUUGUCAGUGACUUUGAAACGCUGUAUGGGCUCCAAAAUUGUUCUAUUAACAUACAUUCACUUCUUCACUUACCAGAAUAUGUAAGACGAAUUGGGCCUUUGUGGACAACUUCUUGUUAUGUCUUUGAAGAUUUGAACGGGCAAUUCUUGAAGUUAAUACAUGGGACCAGGUACAUUGAUUCCCAAAUUGCAAAUAUAUAUGGUCAGUUACUCAGGAUGCACAAAUAUCAAGAACAGCUACCUGAUGGACCUUUACGGGAUUUUUGUAUCAUCAGAAAAUAUGGAGUAAAAAUUUGCGAAAAGAUAUUCAGACAUUGUUACAGUGUUGGAACUUAUGUCAAUUUCGAUAACAUUCCGCAAUUCUUACGUAGAGCAGUACAACAUUUACUACCGAUUAGAAACAUAAAAAAAUACCAUCGAUUAUUGAAAGACGGUCAAUUGUAUGUUUCUGAACAGUAUUCACGAGAUUUAAAAACACUAUCAUCUGACGUACAGUACACUGAUCAUACAGGAAUACCACGUUUCGGCAGAGUUUGUUGCUUUAUCAAAAUUACUGAGUGCGAAUGCUUAAAUACUUGUCACUGUGAUGGCACUCAUCAUGCGAUAAUAAAAAAAUUUGAAUUCAACAAUGCUUUUCAACUGUCAUAUGGCAACGAAAAUUUAACAGUACCACAUAUAUAUGAAUGUACGAUAACUGAAGAACAUAUAGCUGUUCCAGUAAAAUUUUUAAAAUCUGUUUGUAUAUCUAUGAAAGUAGAUCAACGAUUAUUUGUCGCUCAAACAGUAAACACAAAAGAAUUAGAAUAA